UGCGCCCUUGGCCUUGACUCUAUCCACCCUUUCUUUCUUCACUCGAGACUGCGAGACGAGAUCGGAGUUAAAAGGGAGAAGAGGAAGAUUCGAAGAGAGGGCUUUGGCUUGGAGAAGAGGUAUCUGAGGCAGUUCGAUCAAAUUUAACCCUUACGCGGUUUGUGUCUCGGAUCCAAGCCGUUCGUCUCCGAUUUCCUUCGUCCUUGACACGGAAUCGAGGCUCUGGUGUUCUCCGCGUACGAACUCAACGCGUUUUGCUUCUAAGUCUCGCAAUCUGAUUUCCCUCUUCUGCCUCACUCGGCAUCCAAUGGCUUCCCCAAUGUAGCAACUUCAUUAGAUCUCUUUCUCUGUACCUGUGUACAGUGCCUUUCAAUCUGAUGUGAAAAUUAACAGAGGCAGUUCAAAUUCUAGUAGUCGAUUAAUGAUUGUUUGGAAAAUAGACAUCUCUCUCAUUCAUCUUGUGUCAGCGUUUGAGUUUGGCGCCUGUUUGAGGGAGAGGAAGCUCUCUGCUGACGCCACCUCUGUCGCUGGCCUUGAAAGCAAGCACUUCUCUUCUCCCUUCCAUGUCUCCUAACUUGGACAGCCCUGUUCAGACUCAGAUGGCAGUAGCAGUCUUUAACGGCCCCAUCAGUGCAGAAUACCAUGGGAGCAAGAGAUUGGAGGGAAAACCAGUUGGGAGGAGGCGUGUCUUUGUGCAAACUGAUACUGGCUGUGUUUUGGGGCUGGAGUUGGACCGAAGUGAUAAUGUCCAUACUGUGAAGAGAAGGUUGCAGCUUGCCCUUAAUGUUCCAACAGAGGAGAGCUCGCUGACAUUUGGGGAUCUGGUGCUGAAGAAUGACCUCAGUGCUGUUCGAAACGAUUCACCUCUUUUGCUGAAGCGUAACCUCCUGCACAGGAGCUCAUCAACUCCAUGCCUCUCGCCAACCGGUAAGGAUCUCCAGCAGAGGGAUCAAAGUGCUCUGAUUGAAAUAUUAGGGUACUCAAGCAAAUUUGCUAGAACAAAACAACUGGUGAAGGACAUUGUGAAGGCAAUAAAGAAUGGUAUUGAUCCAAUCCCUGUUCAUAAUGGCCUUGGUGGUGCUUACUAUUUUAGAAACGUUCAAGGUGAGAGUGUUGCAAUAGUAAAGCCAACAGAUGAAGAACCUUUUGCGCCAAACAACCCAAAGGGCUUUGUUGGAAAGGCCCUUGGGCAGCCAGGGUUGAAACGUUCUGUGCGGGUUGGGGAGACAGGUUUCAGAGAAGUUGCAGCUUACCUUCUUGACUAUGAUCAUUUCGCCAAUGUUCCCCCUACGGCACUUGUGAAGAUCACACACUCAAUCUUCAAUGUCAAUGAUGGGGUAAAUGGAAGCAAGACUCAUGACAGGAAGCAGGUUAGCAAAAUUGCAUCUUUCCAGCAGUUCAUUCCUCAUGACUUCGAUGCCAGUGAUCAUGGGACAUCAAGUUUCCCAGUUGCUGCUGUGCAUAGAAUAGGGAUUUUAGAUAUAAGGAUCUUGAAUACGGACAGACAUGCUGGAAACCUUCUGGUUAGGAAGCUUGAUGGGAUUGGGAGCUUUGGUCAGGUUGAACUCAUUCCAAUUGAUCAUGGCCUCUGCCUUCCAGAGAGCCUUGAGGACCCAUACUUCGAGUGGAUCCAUUGGCCUCAAGCAUCAAUUCCAUUCACUGAGGAUGAGCUUGAGUACAUUAAAAUGCUUGAUCCAUUUAAAGAUUCUGAGAUGCUACGGAUGGAGCUGCCCAUGAUACGAGAGGCGUGCCUUCGAGUUUUGAUUCUUUGUACUAUUUUUCUCAAGGAAGCAGCGGCUUUUGGUCUCUGUCUUGCUGAGAUAGGUGAGAUGAUGAGUAGAGAGUUUCGGAGCCGUGAUGAGGAGCCAAGUGAGCUUGAGGUGGUAUGCAUUGAGGCGAGGAGAUUGAUAGCUGCAGAAAGGGAAGCUUCAUCCCAAUCUGAAGCAGGAGAGGAAGAGGAAUUCCAGUUUGAUAUAGACUGUGAUGAAGCAAUGGUGGACUCGACACCCAAAAUGGCAUACGAUUUCAUGGCUAAAACACCGUUCAAUUUUGGGUUCAGAGCUGGGAAUGGCCGAAAUCCACUUUCUAAACUAGAGGAGAGCAUCGAGGAGGAAGAGAGCGAUGGGGAAAAGGAGCCAGAAAGGUUACAGGAUUUUGCAAACCCACUAGCUCUUAAUCGGGCACCAACCAUUUCUAAGGUCUCUAUGUCUCUGAAGAGCAUUGGCCUAGGUGAGAAGAACUUGUGCUACCGGAAUUCGAAGGCUGAAGGCACGUCUUCAGGGAAUAGGAGUGCAAACGAGCAAUUGCCUGCAAGCGUGAGCUUUGUGAAACUGGCUGACAUGAACGAAGAGGAGUGGACGCUGUUCCUUGACAAGUUCCAGGAGCUGCUGCACCCAGCAUUUGACAACCGAAAAUCUGUGAGCCUUGGGCAGAGGCAGAGACAGAGGCUUGGAACAUCAUGCCAGUUUUGAGACAGUUGCAUAUCUGCCAAUGUAAAAAGAGACGACUGAAGAAGAAGAAGAAGAAUAAGACUUGGAGCUGUGUGGGGGUGAGGGUCCGUAGAUAGGUCUGAUUUUGGUUUUUCCUCCCGGACGAAGGUAUUGUAUUUGGGAGUUGGUAGUGGUAGUCGUAGGAGGAAGUGUUGUAAAUAUUCUUAGAAUCUGAGGAUGAGAUGAGAGUAUCGGUCAUCAGCUUUAAGUGAAAGAGGCAAGGGUGAUUGUUCCUUGUUCCUUUUUCACUUUUAUUUUCUCUUUUAAUCUUUUCACUCCAUGUUCACUGGUUAGAUAAAUAACUUGGUAGAAUAAAAUCCCAAAAGAAAAAAAAGAAAAAUGUUAUUGUACAUUGUGAUGUUAGAGCUAUUUGUUAUUUUAUGUUGGACUUGUUUCGAAUGAGGUUGGUGUAUUAAGCAGCAUCGGUUUUUCCGGUCUCUCUUCGUGGA